AUGGGCAAGGUCGGCGUGGCGCUCGUUGGCGCGGGACUCGUCGGCAAGGAGGUCGUCCGUCUGCUUCUCUCCCCCUCCCUGCGGGAAGUCUUCGAUAUCGUCCUGCUGUCCAACUCGAAGCACGCCGUGCUCCUGAAGUCGGAGACUCAGCUGAAUGCCGAUGCCCUACUCUCGCUCCUUCCGCCAUCCUCCUCACCGCUCCCUCCCUCUUCCCUUCAAGCAAGCUAUCUUCCCGCCGACCCCUCACGCCUAGUCGACCUCCUCGUCGAACGUUCUCGCGCGACAUCACAACACAUCAUCCUCGUCGACUGCACAUCAUCCGACCUCGUCGCCAGUCUCUACCCUCGAGCCAUCUCUUCCUCCGUUUCCGUCGUCACGCCCAACAAGCGAGCCUUUUCGUCCUCCGCCUCGCUGUACAAUAACAUCCAAGCGGCUCUGCGGCAGCUCGGCGCAGGACUGUGUUACUACGAAGCGACGUGCGGAGCGGGCUUGCCAGUCCUGACGACUGUGCGAGACCUCGUGGCGACUGGCGAUGAGGUCGUGAAGGUCGAGGCAGUGCUGAGCGGGACGCUGUCGUACUUGUUGAACCAGUACUCGACUGUCGAGGUGCUGAAGGAGCCGGUACGGUUCAGCGAGCUGGUGCGGGACGCUUGGAAGCAUGGGCACACGGAACCUCACCCGGCGGAUGACCUGUCAGGCCGCGAUGUUGCACGCAAGCUCACCAUCCUCGCCCGUCUCGCCUCCCCCUCAUCCACCAACCUUCCCGACGGCUACGCCUCGAUCGAGACGCAAUCCCUCGUCCCGUCGCACCUGGCGGACGAAGCCGAUCCUGCGGCCUUUGUGGACGGUUUGGCGGAGCACGACGAGGACUUUGAGCGGUUACGGCGGGAGGCGGAGAGCGAGGGGAAGGUCUUGCGCUAUGUUGGCCUGUUUGACCGCUCGACGGGGACGCUUAAGUGUGGGCUGGAGAAGUUCGCCCACUCGCACCCCUUCGCCUCCCUCUCCGGCUCCUACCUCUCCCUCGCCAUCUACACCCAUCGCUACUCCUCCUCGCCUCUCAUCAUACAAGGUCCCGGCUAUCCGCUCUCGGUCACGGCUGGAGCGGUCGUUGCGGAUGCGAUUCGCGUUGCGGAACGAUACGGCGCCAGGGUAGGGUUGUGA